CCUGCUUUUCCUAACUUGACUUUUGUCCUGCAACAUGAAGAGCUGGAUCGCUGUGUGGUUCUGUCUGCCAUUUGUAGCGCUGCAAACCGUUUCACCCUUCGAUGACUAUGACAAUGGCACAGACGAGAAAGCGGUUGAAUUCAACGCAAAGACACAAGUAAAGUUCUAUCUGUACUCGAGCGCUGCUGUCGAUCCGACGUAUCCUCAAUUAUUGAAAUGGGAUCGCCCGGAGAGUGUCACCAAUUCCUUGUUCAUAGCAGCCAUUCCUACCCGGUUCAUCAUUCACGGCUACAAAGGAGGUCUCGAUUCGGACACAAAUUCAAAAAUUAUUGCCCAGUACUUCGAUGUUGGCGAUUUCAACGUGAUCGUCGUUGACUGGGGGGAAGGAUCGAGGGGUUACUACUACCAUGCCAGAAAGCGAGUGGCUGCCGUCGGGCGAACCGUUUCUAAAAUGAUCGAUACUCUUGUACAAGCUACUCGACUAUCGUUUCUUAGCAUAAUCCUAAUAGGCCAUGGCUUGGGAGCGCACGUAGCCGCAGCUGCGGGCAAAGCUCAACGAGGAAAAAUUGGCACAAUCGUUGGUUUGGACCCAGCCGGUCCCGGUUUUGUUGUGGGAGGUGUAGAUACUCUGAACGAACGCGCUGCUGAGUACGUAGAAGUCAUUCACACUAGUGCACGUUUCGGUAUUACUCGACCCAUAGGCGAUGCUGACUUUUACGUGAAUGGAGGAUACCUUCAGCCCGGCUGUGGCUCCCACCAGCCAGCUUGUCAUCAUCGAAGGGCGGUUGAUUAUUAUGCAGAGUCCCUAUCGAGUAGCGUGGGAUUCUGGGCUAAAUCGCACAAAACGGCGCCAGGUGAUGAACCGGAAGUCCGUCGAAUGGGCGGUGAGCCGUCCAACUUCAGACAGGGAGUUAGGGGGGUUUACUAUGUCAAAACCGAAAGUCACUCUCCCUUUGCUUUGGGUAGGCCACCGCCGCGCCACCAGUAGGAAUUAGAUGUUGGAAUGAAAGGUUCGUAAACUAGUAUGAAGCACAACAGCUUGUAAACUAUUAGUUAAAAUUAUUGAAAUGUUACAAAUUGAAGAAUAAAGAACA